AUGGUCCCUAGCAGGAUCGAACUGCUGAUCUUGGCGUUAUUAGCACCACGCCUUAACCAACUGGGCCAAGGGACCAAAUUUCUGAUAUAUUGUAAGAGAUCACAUAUACAUAUACUUAAUGUAUAUGUAUAG